GCGCACCGCAUAGCAGAAGCAAACCAUGUCGCUCGUGUUCGGUCAGGUCGAGCCCGCCGUGUUCCAGGCGUACGCUUUUUGGGGUGCCGUGCUCGGGCUCAAGAUGCUGCUCAUGUCCGUGCUGACCGGUAUGCAGCGUGGCUCCAAGAAGGUCUUCUCGAAUCCGGAAGACGUUAAGCCGGGCGGCAAGGUUGCCUACAACGAUCCGGAUGUGGAACGUGUACGCCGGGCGCACCGGAAUGAUAUGGAAAAUAUUUUGCCCUAUUUCAUCAUCGCGUUCCUGUACAUGUUCACCAGCCCGAGCGUGUUCGUCGCCGUCAACCUGUUCCGUCUGGUGGCAACCGUUCGCAUCAGUCACACCGUGUUCUACGUGUUCGCGAAGCAACACUCCGUCCGGGGACUCUCGUGGGCGGUCGGUUUCGUCACGACCGUCUUCAUGGCGGUGCAGAUUUUGCUGCACUUCCUGUAGCGCUAUGAAAUUGGGUGCGGGAGAAGUAACAAAAAAUAAAAUAAAAGCCACCCCCUGCGACAACCCGACACAAUGGAACCGUCGCACAGGCGAAAAAGCU